GACCAACUUACGAGACCGUGUUUUAUUUCAAGGCAUUACACUUCUUCAAUACCAUAGUAAAAUCGGCACACACACGCAUAUAUAUAUAUAUAUAAUAUGUAUAGUCUGAAAACAAUCGGUGUGCUGGACUGUGUACGUUUGCUCUCGUAUGGUUUGGUCGCACAGCCUUGCUGAAUACUUUCAUUGGCAGUUCCUAUGAUGUGCUUUGGUUGUCCUCUCAGUGCAGCCCUGUGUUGUUGUGGUAUUGUACUUUCGUCUCCGCUUAUAUUCUACGAAGUCAUAUUUAUAUAUCACCGUGUGUUGUCGGAAGGAACGUCGGCGGCGUAUCCAGUACCUUCUUCGGAAAUUGUCCGUAGCAGUUGGUUGCCAUGCGCGGUUCAAUGUAUAUGGCUGUGUUUAUAUAUAAUUUAUGCUAUGGCCUCGACCCCUCGCAACGUUGCAGAGAGUCUGGUAACAGUUGAUAGCAGCUUCGUACUUAACGCCAAUGUCUCCAAUGACACAUUGGAGAUGACGCUCAAGAGGUCACACAGUUCCAAUGCACAGCCAGGAGAGUCUACAGCAACCGUUGCUCAGUACCAGCUUUACCUCAGGAAGAUGUGUCUCACCUUACCAUGCACCAGAUCCACAUAUUCCGUAAGCUUGUGUUAGGGUAAAGCGAGUUGUCGAGUGAGCGUGGCUGGAAAUGGUUACCUGGGGCAUGCGUAGAUGUAGGACGCCCUACCACUACGAAGUUACGUUUGUGGCGUAGAAAGCCUGUGUCUGUUGUUCGGUACCUUUGAUCUGAUGAUUGUGCCUAGGUGUGAAGUAGUGGUGCCGUUCGUAGCCUUAGAUAGUCCCUGGUUGUAGCGCUGUUAAAAAAUGCGAUAUUUGGCGAUACUGUUUGUCGCGCAGAUAACCACAGUCUGUGAGAGUCGAAUACUGCAAUUCAUUUCCCUCAACAGUGUACAUGCCCCAAGGGCUUAAGCCGAUCACUCACUGCACCCCGUAGCCAUAGUCAGAACACU